AUGGGAUUUGAUCAAGAAGAAGGAAGGUAUGUGGCAUGGAACCAAGUAAAACUAAGAAGCUUCGGUGGAGAUCCAUCUGUUCUCAAGAGACUCUUUUCAGAAAUCAAACUGUUACAGACAUUAGAGAAUGAAAACAUCAUUGUUCUUUACAGUUUCUGGAGGGAUACUAAAAACAGCACCUUGAACUUCAUCAGAGAGGCAUGUGCUUCAGUGUCUGUCUCCUUUGCAGCUACAUAUUUCAAUGGGUCACAGUUUCGUCCAUUGAUACCCUUGUUAGAAGCCAUGCCAAAGGAACUUGGUGCUAGCCUCCAUGAUACGCUUAAUCUGAUCACAGGGGUAUUUUAUGGAAAAUAUCAUAUUCUCUGUCCACAUGUUGUUCAUCGUGCUCGGGUUCGACACUACCACGCACCACCCCCAUGGUUGACACCAAAUGAAGAUGCAGCAGAUGAGCAAACCACAGAAGGUAGCAGCGAUCACUUUCCUACCUUCGAUUUGGCCCUUUUACUGCUUGGCUUGGUUGGGUGCUUCCAUGUUUCGAAUCUGUGUCCUUGCUUACCCAUAAAGAAGCCAAAGCGGGGUGGGGGGAGGGGGGUAUCUGCAACUUUUCGUCGUCUUGAUGUACUCCAAUGGUUAUGGGAUUCCAAAGGAUACCUAAAAUGUUUGAUUUUCAGCUUUUAA